AAUUUUUUAAACAUUCUAACUAAACUCCAGGCCUGUACUGCCUCACUCUCACACUUUGAGCUCGCCGCUCUCUUCUUCAGGCCUUCUCCAUCACUCUCUUAGCUUUCUCCAACGUUAAAAGCUACGAUCCAGGCUUACAGAAAGCUCCCUAAUAUCAAUCUCGGCUCACUAUCACCCACCACCGUUCAAUUCCAGAUUUGUCCGCAUAGCUACUCAAACCUUGACUGUGUUCCGUACAAGUCAAACUCAGAGAAGGUGUGUUGACUUCUAGUUCGAGUGCAAUGGCAACAGCCUUCUCUUUUUCCACCCCUUCAUCAUCUUCCUCACCCUUCUCUUUCACCUCAAAUGCCAGUGCCACCUCCACCACUUCUUCCUCCUCUCCAUUUGGGAUCUCUUUUUCAAACUCUACCUUUGGUACUUCAUCCACUACCCCAUCGUUUGGUAGCAGCUCUGCUGCUCCCUUAUUUUCUUUUGGCUCUUCCACCACCACAACUUCAUCUGGCACUACAGGUAGUACUUUGCCAUUCGGAUCUGGUGCUUUUAAUGCUUCAACCAUAUUUGGAGCUCCUUUGGGAUCUAGUGGAACCACUGGUGUUACUGCUUCAACUGUAUUUGGAGCACCUUUGGGUUCUACUGGAACUUCAACCAAUAUCUUUGGAUCUGCUUCUUCCAGCCAGUCUGCAACCACUGGGGUUACUGCUUCAACUGUAUUUGGAGCACCUUUGGGUUCUACUGGAACUUCAACCAAUAUCUUUGGAUCUGCUUCUUCCAGCCAGUCUGCAACCUCCUUCAGUUCCCCAAUGUUCGGAACAACUUCUCUUUUUGGCACAUCUGCACCUUCUGGAUCUUCCUCUGGCUCAUCAAGUGUGUUCGGUUCAAGUUUGAGCAUCGGAUCCUCUGCACCAUUAUCCUCAGGUUCUACAUUGCCGUUUGGGUCAUCAACUACAACUUUUGGUGCACCAUCGGCUUCAGCAACUGCUGCAUUUUCCUCAUCACCAGCUUCAAGCUCGUCUUCUUCCGCACCUGGUUUUAUGUUUCCCACCACAUCAACUGGUAGUUCAGCAUCAUCUUCCUUCCCAUCAAUUUUCCCCAGUGUUUCGACUACAAGCUUUGUAUCUUCAACAUCAACAGCUUCAUUUUCCAGUGCUGCCACCCCGAGCUUCGGAUCUUCUGCGUCACCAUUUUCUUUCCUUGCAGCUUCCACCACAAGCUCAGCAUCUUCAACACCAGCAUUUUCUUUGCCUAAUGCUUCCAGUGCUUCUACGUUGAGUUCAAUAGCUUCUGCACCCACAUUUACAACUCUCACUACUCCUGGCUCCACCUCAACAGGAUCUUCUACAUUUGCUUCUUCAUCACCCUUUCCAACUGCAGGCUCAAAAUUUUCAUUUUCACAAGGGACUGGAAAUGCUUCAACCACAGCAGUUUCUUCUGUCACAACUCCCAGUUUGACACCAUCUUCUUCAAGUAUACCUGCCUUUUCAUUUGGGACCUCAUCCAGUUUUCAAUCAUCCAGCUCAAUGGCUUCUUCCUUGAAUGGUAUAACUGGUGUAUCUUCAAAGCCUGCUGAAUUAGGCCUUAAAACUGCUUCAUCAUCUCCAUUUUCAUCAGUUUCUGCAACAACCAGUGCUUCGGUUCUGUCUGGUAGUCUAGCAUCUUCUGCUCCUGCUAGCACGACCACUACUGGUUUGUCUUUUACAUUUCCUGCUGUUGCAGCCACCUCUUCUGCUUCAGCUUCUACUACAACUGCUGUUUCUGGGUCUAGUAACACCAGUUCUCAAGGAUUUUCUGUUUCUACAAGCUCUUUUUCAAUGUCUUCAAAAACACCAUCAACUACUCCAGCUUCACAACCGCUGUCUACAACUUCAGUAGCUACACCUGGCCUGUUUGCAUCUAGUUCGAGUGGUUCAACUUCAGUAUCCAGCUCUGCUGCUCAAACAUCAUCAAUUGUGGUAGCAACAAGCAGUAGUGGGACUACACAGAGUACAGGUACUGCCUCAGGAACAUCACCAAAACUACCAUCGGAAAUCACAGGAAAAACUAUAGAGGAGAUCAUCAAGGAAUGGAAUGCAGAGCUGCAAGAGCGCACAAAACAUUUCCAGAAGCAGGCCAAUGCAAUAGCUGCAUGGGACAAGAGGAUACUACAAAACCGUGACAUCCUCCUGAAGCUUGAGAGUGAAGUCGCAAAGGUUGUUGAGACACAGUCCAGCCUAGAGCGACAGCUGGAGUUAAUUGAGACUCAUCAAGAUGAGGUUGAGAAGGCAUUACAGAGUUUGGAAGAAGAAGCUGAGCGGAUAUAUAAGGAUGAUCGUGAAACACUCCUUGAUGAUGAAGCUGCAUAUACAAGAGAUGCAAUGUAUGAGCAGGCUGAAUUCGUAGAGAGAGAAAUGGAAAAGAUGACGGAGCAGAUUAAGUCGAUCAUUCAUUCUCUUAAUGCAAACCAGGGCGGGGAACCAACGGAUGGCAUGAAUCCACUUGAUGUUGUUGUCCGCAUUUUGAACAACCAAUUGAGUUCCCUGGUCUGGGUUGACGAAAAGGCAGAGGAGCUCUCUUCUCGUAUUCAGAAACUUGCAAAGCAAGGCUCUAAUGCAGAUUCCGGAUCUUUGGGACCGCGAUUUCUGUUUGGGAAAUGAACAGAGUAGAUAUUUUUUGUAGGGAUGUUUAUGGCAGUAGAGAAAAUGAAUCAUUUACCUCAAUUUAAAGACUUUUUGACAAAGCAGGAAACAGUUUAGGACUCCAUAACUUUGAAAACAGGGUAAUCAACUUCUAGAUGCCAUCCAGGUAACAGGCAUCAUAGCCAUUCCUUUUUAAGGAUCUGACGUUAGAAGAAAAUGAUGAAUUUAAGAAUGGAUUAUGUUACUCGAUUGCUAAGUGACCAUGUAAUUAGAUUUGUAUCCACGAGUUCUUUAGUAAUACAUGCUUGGAAUGAUUAUAAAACUUUAU